GCCGGGGAUUGGCCAGAAUCAGGGGGCGUGUAUUUGAUGCCGAAGGUCAGUAAUGUAGAUGGUGCCUGGCAUGUAGAUUGACAGCUGGAAGGGGACCGGUGUCCAGAGGUGUGCAGGGAGCCGUCAGUAUGCCUUAUCUACUCAUCAGCACCCAGAUCCGCAUGGAGAUUGGACCUACAAUGGUGGGAGAUGAAUUCUCUGAUCCACAGUUGAUGGAACAACUAGGAGCCACAAGAAGGAAGGUGUUGGGGAAUAAUUUUGCUGAGUAUUUUGUUAAUGAGCCUCCACGUGUGACUUUGGACAAGCUGGAAACAUUAGGAUACCGUGUUGUAAGCAUGACAGGAGUGGGACAGACUCUUGUAUGGUGUCUCCAUAAGGAAUAGCUACACCAGACUCACAAGGAUCAGAUCAAUGGCUACUUAUACGACUGCAAUUAACCCAUAAAAUAUCUCUAUCAUCAAAAUAAAAUACAGAGGUGCAUCUGCAGGCAAAUCUCAUCAGACCAGA